GGGGAGGUGCCCGCUGGGAGUCGCGGGGACGGAGCUGCCGGUGCCGGUUGCCUGCCGCUCGCGCCGCGCCAUGGAGCCGCCGCUGGUGGUGGUGUCCCUCGUGCUGCUCUGCUCCGCAGAACUGGGUCCCACAGAAUUCUACCUACUGAAUAAGUCAGCCUGCCCUUCUGAAGUGCAGGGUCUAUACUGGAUGUGCCUUCCUCGCUCCUCAGGAUUUUGAACUCCACUGUUUCAUGGUCUAACAAGAAGCCUAAGCAUAACUUCGCUUGACCAAUCAACGUUUGAAAAAGCACAAGGAGAGAAAGUUACGUUGCCAUGUACUUUUGUACUCUCAGAAGAAGAUGAAGGCCCACUAGAUAUUGAGUGGGUAUUGAUACCAGCAGAUAAUCAAAAGAAGGAACAAAUAAUAAUUAUGUAUGCUGUAGACAGGAUUUAUAAUCAUUAUUAUGCUGCUAUGACUGAGCGGAUGCAGUUUACUAAUCCUGAUCCCAGAUCUGGUGAUGGUUCAUUGGAUAUCCUGAAUUUAAAGUCAGCAGACACUGGCACAUACCAGUGCAAAGUGAAGAAGGCUCCUGGAGUUCAAAGCCAAAAAAUACAGUUGACUGUACUUGUAAGGCCAGCAAGAACUAAAUGUUCCAUUGAAGGAUCACAGGAGAUUGGAAAAGAUGUUAUCUUGAAGUGUGCGUCACAAGAAGGAUCCCCGCUUUUGUCUUAUGACUGGAGAAGAGUAUCUGGCACACAGGAACUACCUGCCACUUCCGUGCUGAAUAAAAAUACAGGGGAACUUCUCUUGAAAAAUGCCUCUCGAGACUAUUCUGGCACAUACAGUUGCGUUGCCUCGAACAGAGUGGGCACGGAUGAAUGUUCUGUUGAGCUGAAUGUCACCCCUCCUAUAAAUACAGCUGGUAUAAUUGCUGGAGCUAUUAUAGGAACUCUGCUGGGUCUUUCUGUACUGGCUUUUCUUGUCUUCUGUUACUGUAAGAAACAGAGAGAGAAGAAAUAUGAGAAAGAAGUACAUCAUGAUAUCAGAGAAGAUGUUCCACCUCCAAAAAGUCGCAGUUCAACAGCCCGCAGCUACAUGGGGAGCAAUCGUUCUUCUCUGGGUUCGAUGUCUCCCUCAAAUAUGGAAGGAUAUACCAAAACUCCAUAUAGCCAAGUCCCAAGUGAAGACUUUGAACGUGCUCCUGGUCAAAACCCAACCUUUGCACCUUCAAAGGUAGCUGCACCUAAUUUAAGUAGAAUGGGAGCUGUUCCUGUGAUGAUUCCAGCACAAAGCAAAGAUGGGUCCAUAGUAUAAAAUAUUAUUAAUUUAAAUGCUGUUUUUUAAGUGUUCAUUGUAAGUAUUAGAGAAAACUACCAUGUUCCAUCCCUCAUUUAAACAAUGGCAUGCAAUUUUCCUUGAAGAAAAUGAACAAGUUAGUUUGAAAAGCCACCAAUUCUCAUUUUUAUUUUUAAACUUAUUAGUAUAUGACAGUUGAACUAUUUGCUAAAAGCAUUGAAGUUCCUAAAUAAAUAUCGGACACUGAAGGUAUUUGGACCUCUGGUAGGUUGCUGAAGAGACACUGUUGGCUAAUGUUCAGUUGUGAAUUUGUAACAGCGAGAUACAAGUGAGAAGUAACAAAAGCAUUUCAUAUGUAGACCAUGAAGUUUCGCAGAGUUCCUGAAACUUUAUCCUCAAUUUUGGAGUAACAGAAAUAUUUUAACUUGGCCACUGUGUGAUGAAGUUGCAGAGGGCUGAAAUGCUGAUGAUGACUUUGAAUUCUGUUCAGACUCUGAGUACUUACACAGUUCUUUAACCUGGUAAUGUUUGUUUGGAGCACUUCUUUAGCUCUUAUUUCAGGGGCUACCAGUUAUUUGAUUGGUUUAAUUAAUUCAAUGAAUCUAUUCUGAAUUUAAAAUUUCAGUGAGUGGAAAUGUGACCGGAGACUUUGCAAGCUCUUUGAAACAUGACUUUUUCUGUCAUCACUAGUUCUAGUUAUGUCAGAUAACAUAAGUAUAAUAUAACAAUACUUAUGUUAUCUGAUGCAAGAGGUCCUAUCAGAUUGUUGGUAGUGGUUAUCUAAGCUUUAAAAUCUAUAGAUCAACUGUUACUCUCACGGUAAGAAUGAAUAUAUAUCUCUCUACAGGUCUUAAGUUAAUUGUACCUUGCAUUUUCCAAAGCCUGUUUAGAUUCUAAGGCAAUGCUCUUACUUUUUUCCAAACUGAUUACCUAGAAAAUCCAUAGGGUUUUAAUGAAAGCUGUUAAGUAACUGGUAUUUGGUAUCUGCUUCCUUGCUCUAACAUCACUUUGGAAACAUCUUUUCCCAUAUAUGUGUAAGCAGUAGUUAGACUUUACUAACUUAAUAUCUUUCUGUAUGAAUUUGCAAGGAAUUUAAAGCUCAUUUCUCCUUGGCUCUCAAACAACCCUAAAUAUUCUUAUUAACAGACAUUUAGACUUUUAAGAGCCAGAGUUUCACGUAACUAGUCUGAGAGGAAAUAGGUAUCCAGAAUUGUUGAUACAAAUCUCAUGUUUCAAGAUUAAAAACUCUUCUUCCCAGUUUUACAAACUUAAAGCAGUACAGGAGGAACAGAACAAUUCCUUAUCUUACUUUCACACAUACUUAAGGACUUUUGAUAGCUUCUGAUGACUGAUAUUAUAUACUAUAUACUAAGCUGGAUUUAAAGCUUAGUGCAGUUUGAAUCUUUGUGGAUUUUUUUCUUCCUAUUACCUGCUUGCUUUCUUGAUCCUGUGCUGGGGGCAGAACAGGGAGUCCCUUCAGCUUGUUCUAGCUAUAGAUGUUAAACCGCAAGGUAUUUUGGAAAACUCUAAAGGCAUAUAGUAUGUGGCACUGAUGUUGAUGAAGGAAAUACCUGAAUAGCCUGUUGAAAGAUGUUAGGAUUAUUUGUAUGUAGCAACAGUGUGAAAGAAGACAUCUCUUCAAACUUCUAGGUUUAGUGUCUGCUUUUUUUGUAGCUGCUUAUAGAUCUGUGAUGAAUUCUUCGGCUUACUACUAAAUGUUUGUCCUAUCUGUAGUUAGGUGCACAAUUUUUGGCUGGCACUAUUAAUGUAAAGAACAUACCCUUCAUACUGAAUUUAGAAACUUGAAUGGCUAUUAAGUAUUCUAGACUUAGUUUUACACAUUUGGGACUUUUUUAGAUUGUAAACUGAUACUGUUAGAGAUCAGGUUUUUUAUCUUUCAUGUGUGCCUUUUCAAUAAACUUUGCCUGAUUGUAACUUCAGUUUUUAUGAAAUUUCUGGUGCCUAAAUUUACUGGUUGAACAGGUGCUUAGAUGAUGGUACAGUUCUUAAAACAUGACACUGUGAUCUGAUUUCUUGAUUCUUAUGUACUAUUUAUACCUCUUCAUGCCUAUUUUUGGAUGUGACUUCAGUGGCUCUCUCUGUAUUGUUCUGUAUUUCAAAAUGUCAGUUACUCCUUCAAUUGCUAAUUAUGAUCUAAGUGUUUAUAUUCCUGAAAACUGUUCAGUUGUUGUAUCAGUGAGAUGAAUGAUUGACUUUUACUUGCAUGGUAAAUAAUAGAUUUAGCAACUGUGCCAAACAUAUGCUUAUGAAGAACAAUAGAUGAGGAGACAUCUUCUUGCAUCCAAUUAUUGUGAUAGAAGAGACUUCUGAAAUUUUAAUUAUACACUGAUUGUUUACCUUGAAACUAAGGCCUUCCUUAAUUAAAAGGGUAUAGUUAUUAUACUUGUUGACUACAAAACUAAACUGAAUCACAGACUGAGAGAUAGCUAUAAACCUAAGCAACAAACCUACUGAAUUUGGUUCUUAGCCAUCUGUGGACAUACAUGAGAUUAGAUGUGGACUUUAGUUUUUGUUUGUUUGCUUUUGGUGGUGGUGGUUUUGGGUUUGUUUUUGUUUUGUUUUGUUUUGAAGGGGAGGGGUUGUUUGGGGUUUUUUUUGGUUUGCCCUGAGACCCUGUGCUUUCAGUCAGGUAAGCCCUAGGACACUCAAGAACAGAAACUUAUCUCACUAAAGUAUACAGAGCAGAGUUUACACAUGCUUAAUGCUCUGUCAGCUUGUACAAAAUAAUAAACGGACAGAACAGAAGGACAGCGUGAUGUGCCCUCAGAGCCUAGCUGUUAGGCUUAGCAGCCUUGACAGUGUCUGUCUAUUUAUGUAAUUGCACAGAAAAUAAAAGAAAUAGAAUCUGACAUAGCCCUUAUCUGAAAUAAGGAACCUCUGACUUGGGGUAAACUUUGCCUCAAGUUGGUAUCAUCAUGCCUUUUUGAAUGGAUACAACAUUACCAUGGAAAUACAAUACUGCUAUUAUAAAUUACUUUGUUUAGCCAAUAGAUUGUUCACUUACACUGGAUUAUGAUUCUCAAAAGCAGCUACUAUAGUUCAGCAAUGAUUUCUAGCUGCAUAGGAGAUGAACUGGUUAAACAUGUGAGGUGUCAGAUCUUACAGAUAACUCCAUUAACAGAACUCUUCCAGGAAGUAAUGGCAGCUGAUAUACCAGUUAGAAGGUGGCAUUUUUAAUGUCUCAAUUUAAUAAAAAGAAAAAAAAAGGGUGGGGUGGUACCAUUAUGUAAAUACUGUAAGUGAACUCAAGAAGCCUCUAGUUAAUGUCAUGACUGUAAACUUGCCUGUUGAGGACUACUAUAUAUAGAAGAAAAACUUCAAUUUUAGCAUGGUGUGAAUAAAGUGUUAGACUUGUAAUACUGUAGAGGUUACAUAACACUUGUCCAUACAUUACAAGCAUUUUCAUAAACUUUCUGAAAUAGAUCUUUAAAGAUAUUUGUGUGAAACUUCUUUACCUAAAAAUGAAUACUUCUUCCAUUACUGUGUAGUGCACAGAAAUGCCUUGUUGGAGGGGUAAAACAUGACUUUUGAAAGAAAUGUACAAUGCAUACAUCUUUAUCACCUCUAGUCGCAUUCAUGUUAGAUGUAUGCUUUCUGCUUAAUAGUACAAGUAAGACUUCUUAAUUGCGAGUUUUUCUGUAAUGCUGAAUAUUGUGUAUUACUGGUUUCCAUGAUAGGCUUUUGGUUUUGUUCUCAACAGUGUAUAUUCUGGAUCACUUUAGAUCUUUGUUCCGGUCUAAAGAUAUACUACUAUUUGUGUCACUUAAACCUUGUUUUAUACACUUGAUAGGUGCUUUAUGGGACCCUUUGGUUAUUGGUCCUCCAGCAUUGAGGCACAUCUCAAUUGAAAUUGGAGCAAUAAUAUUUCCUGGAAUCCAAAAUGUUAUGACGUUACGUUACGCUUCUCAUGCACAAAGCAUGGACUUGAAUAUUGAUAUGAAUUUCAGUAUGAGGUUUUAUAUUCACACUAUAGGGGAAAUGGUAUUUUAAAAUACAAAUAUUGUGAGUAAAUUUGUAAAAACAAAAUCCAAAAUUUUAAAAUGCUGUAGUUCCAUGACAGACUUGUGUACUUUUUGAAAUAAAACUGUUGGAGAAAA